AUGUUCCGAACCACACCGUUAGAAGGGCCACUCUCCCUCUCACUCAAAUGUGUUAAGGUUCUCUUGCUCUUUUGCCUCCUCUCCAUUGCGACGGGGACGGAAAAAAAAGACGAGGAUGAGGGGGAAGCUAAAUUAAUAGUUAAAAACUACACCACCACCACCUGGACCUUCCUAUCUUCGUUCAUCUCCACCGUGCCCUAUACCUGCUACACCUCUCCUGCUGCUGGUGCGGCUGCUUGUGCCGGACGACGACUGAAAAGAUCGAGAAAGAUGGAAACGUUUGACAUGAAUGCAGAAGAUAAUCCUAUACUCGCGAGCAGCAGAGGGUUGGACGAAGAAGAGUUGAUGAAAGAUGAAGAAGGGGACAUUUCGAGAUUGGCUGGAGAGGAAGAUGACGAGGAAAAGAAGAAGCUGUUUUUCCGCCUCUGGAGAACUGCCAGUUCCACCGUCACCGUGACUUCCUUCUCCACGAUCCGCUCAGUCACCGUCUCAAUUUCAAUCAUGUGUACUUACCCGAAUAUUGUCCUUAAUUUAUGUUAACUUCUGUGCUUUUCUUUUUUCUAUUCCAUUUUUCUCUCGCGCUUUUUUGUUUCUCCUAUUUCAUCUUCAUUAGCUGUUAUCUUUCUUUCUUCAAAUAUUCUUCUUAAAAUAUCUGCAACUCUCUCUGCUCUUUCUAAUGAUACUGUCCAGUCUUUUCCUCGUAUUCUUCUCUCUCUCUCUCUCUCUCUCUCUCUCUCUCUCUCUCUCUCUCUCUCUCUCUCUCUCUCUCUCUCUCUCUCUCUCUCUCUCUCUCUCUCUCUCUCUCUCUUUCUUUCUUUCUUUUCUUCUUCUUCUUCUUCUUCUUCUUCUUCUUCUUCUUCUUCUUCUUCUUCUUCUUCUUCUUUCUUCUUUUUCUUCUUCUCAUCCAUUUAUAACAACGAAAAUACGUGUAUCUUUCACAACUCUUCAUAUGCAAAAAAUACCGGACUUGGCCUUCGAAAUCAACUAGUUGUAAUGAAAUCAAUGGAUGUAUAUAUACAUUAUCGACCCCAUAAUACCUAUAUGCAUAAUAUUUCCUGA